UCCUCCCCCUCCUCCAACUCUGUCCAUCCAUCCAACUGUCCAUACAUCUGUCCAUCUCUCUAUCUAUCCCCCCGUCCACCCGUCCACGGAUUCCCUCCCCUCUCUCUCUAUCUCCGGUUCAAACUGCGCCAGAGCUGCCGCGCGCAGCCGCUGCCCGCUCCCUCCUCGUCUUUCUCCGCUCCGCUCCGUCUCCGUCUCCUGCAUCCACGGAGAGCCGAGCCAGACGCGCAGAGAGGCGCCGAGUGAUGCUGCUGCUCCAGCCGAGCCAGAGCAGCUCUCCGUGAGGGAGAAGGAGAGAAGGAGCAGCGCCCGUCCUCCGCCACAAGCCCAUGAAGAUGUCAAACGCAGUCAUGGGUUUGAACCCCACAGACAGGGUGAUUAAAUCGGUCCCCUUCCCGCUAAGCCACAGGUUGAGUAUGCGGGAGGUGUUUGACUGCGAGGGGAAGCCACGUGUGGACCUGCUGAAGGCUCAUCUUACAAAAGAGGGCCGUGUGGAGGAGCCCGUCGCUCUGCGCAUCAUAAACGAAGGGGCUGCCAUCCUCCGGCAGGAGAAAACCAUGCUGGACAUCGAGGCCCCAGUUACAGUUUGUGGCGAUGUCCACGGGCAGUUCUUCGACUUGAUGAAGCUGUUUGAAGUUGGAGGGUCUCCAGCAACAACGCGGUAUCUCUUUCUAGGGGACUAUGUGGACCGAGGCUACUUCAGUAUUGAGUGUGUUUUGUAUCUCUGGUCACUGAAAAUCCUCUACCCAAAGACGUUAUUUCUACUGCGGGGAAACCAUGAAUGUAGACAUUUGACCGAAUAUUUCACUUUCAAACAAGAAUGUAAAAUAAAAUACUCUGAGCAGGUGUAUGAUGCAUGUAUGGAUGCGUUCGACUGCCUGCCUCUGGCUGCUCUGAUGAAUCAGCAGUUUCUCUGCGUGCACGGCGGCCUCUCGCCUGAGAUACACACGUUAGACGACAUCAAGAAGUUGGACCGGUUUAAGGAGCCUCCUGCUUUCGGGCCCAUGUGUGACCUAUUGUGGUCAGAUCCGUUAGAGGACUUUGGCAAUGAGAAGUCACAGGAGUACUUCAGCCACAACACAGUCCGCGGCUGUUCCUACUUCUACAGCUAUCCUGCCGUGUGUGAGUUCCUACAGACUAAUAACCUUCUCUCAGUCAUCCGAGCUCACGAGGCCCAGGACGCAGGUUACCGCAUGUACAGAAAGAGUCAGACGACAGGCUUCCCCUCCCUCAUCACCAUCUUCUCUGCUCCCAAUUACCUGGACGUUUAUAAUAACAAAGCUGCUGUGCUAAAAUAUGAGAACAACGUGAUGAACAUACGGCAGUUUAAUUGUUCGCCACACCCCUACUGGCUACCUAACUUCAUGGACGUGUUUACCUGGUCUCUGCCCUUCGUAGGAGAAAAAGUGACAGAGAUGCUGGUGAAUGUGCUCAGUAUCUGCUCAGAUGAUGAACUCAUGAAUGACGGUGACGAGAUCUUUGAUGCCAAUGCUGCAGCAGCCCGUAAAGAGGUGAUCAGGAACAAAAUCCGUGCCAUCGGCAAAAUGGCCAAAAUGUUCUCAGUCUUGCGUGAGGAGAGUGAGAACGUGCUGACCCUAAAGGGCCUGACCCCAACUGGCAUGCUGCCCAGCGGAGUUCUGUCUGGAGGAAAGCAAACUUUACAGAGCGCUACCAUCGAGGCCAUAGAAGCCAUCGAGUCAGUUGAGGACGGAGAAGCUAUCCGUGGUUUCUCCCCUCAGCAUAAGAUCAGUAGUUUCGAGGAGGCAAAGGGUCUGGACCGGAUCAAUGAGCGGAUGCCCCCUCGCCGCGACGUGGUCAACAGCGUGGGUCUGUCCAUGGGCCGCAUGAACAUGGCCGAGUCCAACGGCACCGACGACAACAGCAAUAUCCAGUGACUCCUCUACUCCUCGUCAUUGUCCUCCUCUUCCUCCUUGCCCUCAUUCCCUCUCCCCCUUGCCCCGUAUUCCCUCUAAAGCAAUCCUUCACUCUCGCUCUCUCCAUCCGCACUGCUGCUCCUUCUCUCUUUUUCUCCGCAGUAGACAACCAGUUGGUACGCAGAACGGUCCGGUUUCAAAACGGCUUCACGUUCGGCCGCCAUUCAAACGGAGGAAUGCAAACUGACAGCUAAAAGAAGGAGCAUGUCUUGUUCUGGGGCUUUUGUGUGCAUGUCCGUAAGCGUGUGAUUUUAUGGGCGAGAGAGGUAGAGAAAAGACAGAGAGAGAGGCAGAGAAAGAGACGAGAGUGCAUGUGGGUUGCAUAAUGACAUAUUAACAGCAAACUGCUAAUAGGAUGGUGGUGUGAUUUUCUUAUGGAUGAAUAGGACUGUUUGUGUGUUCUGUGUGUGUGUGUGUGUGUGCUUCAGCGUGGGAGGAUGAGUUGUGUAAUUACUUGGUAAGGAAGUAGGUUUUUCAUUGAAAGACUAUUCCUCUUUCUUUUUCUGCCAGCCACCGCAGUUCAUGCUGAAUAUAAAGCCUCUGGGCUGUUCAUUCACCGUCAGGGGAGCGUGUGCAUUUCAGGGGUGGGAAAAAGAAUCGAUUCUUAGAUGCAUCGCGAUUCGCCGAAUAAAAGAUUCUGAAUCGUUUUCACAAACAGGCUCUGGUUUAAAUAGGCUCUGGUUUCCCUAGUGCCAGGCCUUGGACACAUCAAGCCGACGUUUAAGAACUAGCAUGGCUGCCUUUCCGUUGCCUCUCAUAUCCUGUAAAAAGUUUCACUCAAACCCACAAAAACUGCAGCUGAUGGACAACAUGUACUUGCAAGUACUCAAUGCACCUGUGUGAAAAGAAGUAGCUCUGUGCUUGGAAACAGUCUAAAACAAAAACCACAAAUUGUAAAAAGCUUUUAAAGCCUGUGUUUAUGCUAAGGUGUCAAAUCCAGGUCCAGAAAGUAAAAAUCCUUCCCAGGAUUUUGUUCCAACAGGCUGGACAGCUCUGCUGGUGGUGUGAUCUAACUAGAGAAGCCAGCCUGUUGGAACAAAAUCCUGGGAAGGACUUUUACUUUCUGGACCUGAAUUUGACACCUCUAGGGUGUGAACCAGCGGGAGCAGAGACGAGUGGAUAAAAAGGCUACUUAAGAGUAAAAGUGUUCUUUUAUAUUAGUUAUUCGGACAUUCUUAUAGCAAACACAGGUCUGUAGUGGUCAAACUUGCCUUACAUGUUGUUGGAAAAUGAGGGUGUUCUUUGAACGUCUUCUUGAGUGCUGUUUUCUUGCAUUGCUCUUUUCUUUUCCUUUCUCUCCUUGUUCACCAAUAAAGUGCUGACGAGGACAGGCUAGAGCCAGCAACAGGCAACGGUCAGUCGCCGACGCUCUCCCAUGGCCCCACGGCGUCCAACAGUCAGUGUCGGCUUGGUGCAUCCUGGGCCUAAAAUGAACUCACUCACUCUCUCAGACAUCCUGAUGCAGUCCGGCUUGAAAAAUAAUGCAGGAUUUCACUAAUACACACAGGCUUGCACUCAAAAAUCAUAUAUAUCCAUAUCUGGGGGUGUUUCUGUCACUAUGGGCAGCUUUGGCUCUCCAGAUGUUUAGAAAAACCGUGAAAACUGCUUCACUGUUGUGGUAAAGACUGUUUCUCUGUUUUGAGUGUGUGUCAAACAGCAUGUCUAAGCGUUAGCAGAUAUAUUUUAAAUGAAAUAAAAAUUUGAGUCUGAUUUAAACACAGUUGAAAUAAAUGUAAC